GUCAUUGAUUAGUCACUUAAAUAGAUGUAAAUGACUAAGAUGGAUGCUGCGACACCUCAACUAAAAAGAGCACUGUGUUUGCUGUUCCUUAGCAAAACAUCUUCACAAUGAUCACUAUUCACUGCCAUGCUUUACAGUGUCUGCCUUAAUAGGAGCGAGGGCCUGGCUUACUCUUGUCAGCCUGGGCUGUGAGGGUGUGUGUUUCUAUUUCAGUAAGAGGGACAAUUGGGAUAAACAGCUCACAGAUGAUGGGGUUGAUGAGUCGGUCAGUUUGGAUGAUGUGGAAAGAAGCUGUAACUAAAGCAAAUUGACGUUGUGUGCUACAGAGGUGGAGGCUCAACGAGCCCAGAAAUAAAGUCAGAAAAAGACUGAAGGGGGGGGGGGUGCAUUUCAAGAAGCUUGGGUCGCAGCAGGUGCCAAUUCUGACUCAGACACACACACACCGCCCGCUCCUUAUACUGACAUAUUCCCAGUCUAGUUCACCUUGCCCCACACACACUCACUCACUCACAGGCUGUGCCCUUGCUCAGUACCAUUUCAGAGAACCUGAAACAUGGAAGCCUCCAGAAUCCCUCUCCAUCUUCUCUUCUUCCUUCUGAUUGGACAAGCUUCACACACCAGCAGUACUCAGCCUCAGACCAAUGUGGACAUAGAUCGACAUGAUCAAAACUCCAUUACCCCAGAGGAAAACAACAGCACAACACUCCCCGACCUCUCCCCGGAGCCAGACAACUCCAGCUCCCCCAAGGAGGCCACUGCGGGCUGCUUCACGGAGCCCCAGAUGGGCUUCAUAGUAGUGGCCUGCGCCGGGGGCCUGGUCCUGUGUCUGCUGGUCUCUACUGUGGUCCUGGCCUGCCAGGUGUGCCGUCUUAGGCACCAGGCCCAUGCCCCUCGCCCCACCCGCAGUAAUGUGGACCUGGUGAGUGGCAUAGGCUACUGGGGCACGGAGCACACAGAGGGGGGCAUAGUGGGGCCCUACGAUGCCAGCGCCAUGUUGGAGGAGGUCCAGAUGGAUGAUGAAGAGCAGGGAGAAGAAGAGUGGAAGGAAAGGGAGGAGGAGCAGGCAAGAGAAGGGGUAAGGAGCCAAACGGGGGAUUCAGGAACGGCUGGAGAAAUGUCCAUGCAGAUGCAGUGUUCCAGCUCCAGGGAUUCAUGUCUGGAAGUCCCCCAGGAGCUAGAGAACAUUCCCCUAGUGGUGUGAUGAGCAUUGCAUGCACUCGCUCUAGCCUCAGAGAGCCAUGCCUGGCUAGGAGCUUAACUUCACUAAGGCACAGAGAUAUCAAAAGGCCAGAUCACCUCCAGUCUUAUGCCUCAACAAGUCAAGACCAAGACUGUUAUUUUUCUAAGUACUACAUCUAUAUAUAAUCGAAUUUAGGAGCUUUGUAAAAUGCAUUAAUCUGAUGUAAUUUUGGUUUCUAGAGGGAACGUUUGAAUUGGUGGUAGGCUAUCGUUGGCAGCAAGACAUUCAUUUGAUAUAAUGUGCUACGAACAGCAACCCUACGGCCAACUGCCCAGGUGAAUUUACCCUACUGCAAAGGUUCAACUGCCCAAGUGAAUUACCCUUACUACAAAGGUCCAACUGCCCAAGUGAAUUUACCCUUACUGCAAAUGUCCAACUUCCCAAGUGAAUUACCCUUACUACAAAGGUCCAACUGCCCAAGUGAAUUUACCCUUACUGCAAAUGUCCAACUUCCCAAGUGAAUUACCCUUACUGCAAAUGUCCAACUUCCCAAGUGAAUUACCCUUACUACAAAAGGUCCAACUUCCCAAGUGAAUUUACCCUUACUGCAAAGGUCCAACUGCCCAAGUGAAUUACCCUUACUGCAAAGGUCCAACUGCCCAAGUGAAUUUACCCUUACUGCAAAGGUCCAACUGCCCAAGUGAAUUACCCUUACUGCAAAGGUUCAACUGCCCAAGUGAAUUUACCCUUACUGCAAAGGUCCAACUGCCCAAGUGAAUUUACCCUUACUGCAAAGGUCCAACUGCCCAAGUGAAUUACCCUUACUGCAAAGGUCCAACUGCCCAAGUGAAUUACCCUUACUGCAAAGGUCCAACUGCCCAAGUGAAUUUACCCUUACUGCAAAGGUCCAACUGCCCAAGUGAAUUUACCCUUACUGCAAAGGUCCAACUGCCCAAGUGAAUUACCCUUACUGCAAAGGUCCAACUGCCCAAGUGAAUUUACCCUUACUGCAAAGGUCCAACUGCCCAAGUGAAUUUACCCUUACUGCAAAGGUUCAGGAUCUUUGUACGGGUGGAUCAUUCACAUAGUAAUUUAGUGGCGCUCUUAUCCAGAGCGACUUUCACCUAACUUUCUCAAGGGCACAUGGAUAGAUUAUCCACCUAGUCGGCUCUGGGAUUCGAAACGGUGAGCUUUUGGUUACUGUGUCAGGUCCUGUACCUGUUGAACGUUGGUCUUGUACGUCUAUAUAUCUUGUUUGAUGUUUUUUUGUUACAUUUGUUUAUUUAAAUAAACUCAAAUAUGCCAACAUGCUUGCUCUUCAGACAUGAGUUAAGUCAAAAUUAUUACUUUACACCAAGUCAAGUGAACUUCCUUUCCCUCAUCUGAAGUGAUUCCAUGCACAAAUACUAUAUCAAGGGUAAACUUUGAACAUCUUGUUGCCAUCCAUGGCUGGGCACAAAGAUAGCAUUGGGUCUGCAAAGCCUCCAUGCUACAUUAUCAAGUCUCCCCCUCAACCUUCAUGUGUCAGUCGACCACUCACAGAAGUCCUAAACCUUUUGUUUCCACUCAUCUCUCUACUAAGUCAAACUUAUUUUCUCCUUUCUGUAAAAAUACAAUGUCUGUUUAACUGCCCCAACCCAAAUAAAUGGCUGUUUUGUAA